UGAAAAAACGGGAACUACCAUUGACAAUAACAGUGACCGCUAUCACUGUGUUUAUGAUCCCUGAGCAGUGCACUCUGGAGAGGCUGUGAUUUCUGCAGUUAGCCGUGAAGCUAACGGUUCAGCCCGGGUCAUUCUGCGCUGUCAGCUCCACGGCAUGACGCUGUCGCUGCAAACAACACGCCUGCGCCGUUAAUUCACACUGAUUCACCGAUUAUGUAGCACUUUACCGACAGAUUCUGGGGUAAAUACAUAUUUAUAAGCAUGGCAAACAUUUAAGCGCCUGCAUAUUCUGACUUGUAAGAGCAAAACGGGUCAUUCUCGAGGCCACGGAUGGAACCGGGGCGGCAGCGUGAGAACCCCCCCGGAUCCGGGGAGCCCGAGUCGGGGGAGUGGAGAGAGGAGAGCGCCGGGUUGGAGGCUGGAGAAAUAGACGACACCCUGAAAAACAGAAGCGGGGAUGGAGGAAACGAGGAAACCACGAGCAAAACCGACAACACGGAAGCGGUGGAGAAAGAUAAGACUGAGUUUGAUGAAGAUGAGGAGCAAUAUGAGGAAGAGCUGGACCCAAGGAUCCAGGAGGAGCUGGAACACUUGAAUCAGGCCAGUGAUGAGAUCAACAGACUGGAACUACAGCUGGAUGAAGCGAGAUCUAGCUACAGGAGGAUCCUUACAGACUCCGCACGAAAACUCAACGCUCAGGGCUCUCAGCUGGGAGCCUGCAUUGAGAAAGCCAGACCUUACUAUGAAGCCCGUAGACUCGCUAAAGAGGCUCAACAGGAGACCCAGAAGGCAGCACUGAGGUACGAGAGGGCCGUCUCCAUGCACACAGCUGCCAGAGAGAUGGUUUAUGUGGCCGAGCAAGGUUUAUUGGCUGACAGGAACACAUUGGACCCUACCUGGCAGGAGAUGCUAAACCAUGCCACAGCCAAGGUGAACGAGGCGGAGGAAGAGCGUUUGAGGAGCGAGAGGGAGCACCAGCGAGUCACUCAGCUUUGUCAAGAAGCAGAAGCGCGCGUGCAAACCUUGCAGAAAGCUCUGAAGAGGGUCAUUAUCAAGUCCAAGCCUUAUUUUGAGCUCAAGGCGCAGUUCAACCACAUCUUAGAGGAGCACAAGUCCAAAGUGGUCCUGUUGGAGGAACGGGUGGCGAAGGUGAAGACCAGAUAUUCAGUUGCCCUCCGCAACCUCGAGCAAAUCAGUGAGCAGAUCCAUGCGCAAAGGGGGCGCAUCCGGGCCGCCAGAGAGCGCAACCGAGCCCGGGGUGGGCGGAGCUCUCCAGUAGGGGCAGAGUCUGAGGGCGUGAUCCAAGCCGGGGCUUAUGCAGGGGUGGUGGCUAAUCCUUUAAUGGAUAACGAUUGGGCGGAUCAAGAGAAAACCAGGCAGUGGGUGGAGAAACACAGGGAGGCGGGGUGGGGCCAAAGAGAGAGAGCAGAGAGGGCGGGGUCAGACUCCAUGUCAGUCAUCAGUCUGCAAACCAUAGCCUCUGAUUUGGAGAAGUUUGAUUCUGUGGAGCAUCUGGGCAACUUGAGCGACGUCGGCAGUAUAAUAGGCGAGGAGAAGGAGGCUGAAAGCGAGAGAGGAUUUCGGGUUGAAGAUAGAAUAGUCGUGAGGGAGGUGGCAAACCUCUCGAGACAGGAUGCAGAGAAAGGCGCCUCAGGGACGGACAGGCAGCAGAGAGAUAGAGAGCGAGAGAGCUUUGUGAAGCAGCACCACAGAAGUGUUAGUUUGUGAGGGAAUUAGAGUUGCCUGUUACUCCACCCUACUGCUUUUGGAGGGGUAAAGCUUGCCCGCAGGCUUCCAGGCUAGUUUCUUAACCGACUACAAAUGAAUCGGCUAAAAAAUGCUCUGCAUUUUCUUUGAUGCAAUUGUGGCAUUAAAUGGAGUUGGAAAAAAAUAUUUUGAAUCUCUCAAAACACAUUCCAUCUGCAAUCCAUUUGUUAAGUCAUGAUAUGUGGAAUACUGUUUCCUGGUUCAAUCCUCUGCUCAUUUAAAUCGAGAAAAAAUUAUCAUUGUUUGGUCAUAUCCUACAUUCAAUAAUUUUUUUUUUACAAAAUCGGGAUGUUUGCUGCACUCCCAGACAUCAAUACUUUAAUGAUUAAUUAAAAAUGUAUCUCUCUGACCAUCUGAUAUCAGGCAUGGAUAAAAACAAACAAAAUUAUGGAUAUUAAUAAAUAAAGGUUUCCCCGAAUAGCCUGAUAGAGUGUUGGACCCUGAAACUGUGACAUGUGAUGCCAGACUUAACAAUUGGAUUGUUUAAUUGGACAGAUGGCUCCACUUCCAAGCAUAUGCCCAUUGGUUGAGCCAAGGUUGCUUUGUUCGAUUGGUUGGGAUGCUCAAACAAUUUUUAGGAAAUUAACUUAUGAAUGGCUUCAUUAUUGCUGCCCUUUAAUUUAAGAUUGGAGAAUGCUGAUAAAAAUGGCAUGAUCCAUUUUUAAGAGUGCUGUCUAUGGAAGCCUGUUUCUACCAGAGAGUAUAAAAAAAAUCAGAUUUAAAUUAGGAAAUUAAAUUAGGAAAAUAUAAAUUAGGAAGUGACAUUUUAACUUGCAUUGUCAGACUUAAAGUCCCAUUGUGAGAUGUAAUGUUAAAUGUCCAAGGAAUAAAAUUAAAGAUUCUUAGAAUAAUUUUUCAAAAAUAACCCUAACAAUAACUUUAAUUAUAACUAUUAACAUUCAUCCAAAUGUUUUUUUUUUUUUGUUUUUCUGUUCUGUUAUUGUUAUAUUUGUGGAAUAUGCUCUACUUUGAUUUCUAGAAUGGUUUUUAGUGGUUUGUUUUUUUAUCAUUGUUGUAUUAUUAUAGUCACCGAGCCUUAAUUUUUGAGAAAAAAGCACCUUCCCAAAAACUCUCUAUCGUAUAUUCAAUUUGCUGACAAUUGCACAUAAUUUCUGAAGUUCAUAUAAUUUUAAAGUUCAGUUUAAAAAUAUAAAAAAAUGUAACCUAGAAAUUAUAAUUUUUUCAGUAAUUGUGAUCUAUUAUAAAAAAAGAAAAUCAACUUUACAUCUGUUUCAUUCAUUUAUGAUUAUUGAAUAAAAAGUUUAACUAAUACAUUUUUCCAAUUAAUUUUGAUUAAUAAUUGAUUUGAUUCAUAAACUCUUUAAAAUACCUAACAUUCUUAAGGUUAUUUAGAUUCUAUAAUUUGAUGUUAAUAGGACAUGUACCUUUUUAGGUAAAUGUACAAUAAUAAACUUUAACACCACUGAGGUAGAAUGUAAAUGUGAUUUUAAAAUGGCUUUAAAGUGAUUUUAAAGUAUUUGUGAAUUUGUAAAUAAAUAUAAACUCAUCGGCCACUUUUUCACUAUCCAAUUACUUGUUAAAGCAAAUUUCUAAUCAGCCAAUUACAUGGCAGCAACUCAAUGCAUUUAGGUAUGUAGACAUGGUCAAGACGAUCUGCUGCACUUCAAAACAAGCAUCAGAAUUGGG